UUCGAAUUCAUCUACACGAGCUGGCUGAGGUUGACUAACUGUGAAAAGGCCUUAUUUAGAGAUAUUGAAAUUUACUUCCCUUUCUUUGUUUUUUUGUUUUUUGAUUGAGGACUCAAGAAUAGAGUAGAUAUGGCUUCUUUCAGAUUCUGUGCUGAAUGCAAUAAUAUGUUGUAUCCUCGAGAGGAUAAGGAUAAUGCCAGAUUAUUAUAUUCAUGUCGUAAUUGUGAUUAUACAGAAUUGGCUGAAAACCCUAAAGUUUACAGACAUGAAUUGAUAACAAAUAUUGGUGAAACUGCUGGUGUUGUGCAAGAUAUUGGAUCAGACCCAACUUUACCAAGAUCGGAUAAAGAAUGUCCAACUUGUGGGAAUAAAGACUGUGUUUUUUUCCAAUCUCAACAGAGAAGAAAAGAUACUAGUAUGAUUUUAUUCUAUGUGUGUUUGGAAUGUAAGAAUGUGUUUAGGGUGUGAAGAAACUCUUGAGAAUAUCAAAUUACUUAUAGAAAACCUUGUACUAUAGUUAACAUUAAAUAAUUGAAAGGGUUAUAUUUUCAAUUAGUUAUGUUCAGUUCUUC